AUGGCUACAGAUCUAGGAGAAGUACUGGUCCCGUAUAUGCCCACCAUAAGAGUUCCCAGAACAGGAGACAGGGUCUUCAAGAGUGAAUGUGCCUUUUCCUACGAUUCCCCUGAGUCUGAGGGGGGCUUGUAUGUGUGCAUGAACACAUUCCUGGGCUUUGGAAGAGAACAUGUGGAGAGACAUUACCGCAAAACUGGACAGAGCGUUUACAUGCACCUUAAACGCCAUGUGAAAAUGAAAGCAACAGGUGCUGCAGGAGGUGCGGUGCCAAGAAGAAGGAACGGCAAAGUGUUUUUAGAUUUAGAACUUAACCGUGAUUUUAACGGGGAUGAUUAUGAGUACGAGGAUGAAGCCAAACUCGUAAUAUUUCCAGAUCACUUCGAGAUCCCUUUGCCAAAUAUUGAGGAGUUGCCCGCUCUGGUGACGAUAGCCUGUGAUGCAGUUCUCAACGCGGCCUCAGCGUAUAAAAAACAAGAACUGGAUUCCUGGGGAGAGGAAAUUCAAGUGUCCAGACAUGCUAGAAGUCUCAGGCAGCAGGACAACGGUGUCCGAAUCCCACCCAGUGGCUGGAAGUGUGGGAGGUGUGAGAUGAGAGAGAACCUGUGGCUAAACCUGACAGACGGCUCGGUUCUGUGUGGGAAGUGGUUCUUCGAUGGGAGUGGAGGAAAUGGCCACGCACUGGAACAUUACAGAGAAACCAACUUUCCCCUGGCAGUCAAACUGGACACAAUCACCCCGGAUGGAGCAGACAUUUAUUCGUUCGAUGAAGAAGAGGCAGUCCUUGACCCGCACAUCUCCGAGCACCUGGCGCACUUUGGUAUCGACAUGCUGCAGAUGCAAAGGACAGAAAAUGGGCACACAGACAACCACGUUGAGCCGCGUGUGAGUGAGUGGGAGGUGAUUCAGGAGUCUGGGCUCAAACUGAAGGCUGUCUUUGGUUCAGGUUACACGGGCAUUAAAAACCUUGGCAAUAGCUGCUACCUGGGCACUACUAUGCAAGUCUUGUUCAGCAUCCCAGAGUUUCAGAGAGCGUAUGUUGGGAAUCUCCAGAGGAUAUUUGACUACUCUCCCCUAGAUCCCACACAGGAUUUUAACACACAGAUGGCGAAACUCGGCCACGGGCUGCUCUCGGGACAGUACUCCAAACCACCAAUGAAAUCCGAGCUGAUUGAACAGGUGAUGAAAGAAGAAUACAAGCAGCAACAGAAAGGCAUCUCUCCCAAGAUGUUCAAAGCACUCGUCAGUAAGGGACACCCAGAAUUCUCCUCAAACAGGCAGCAGGACGCCCAGGAAUUCUUUCUGCAUUUGAUUAACCUGGUUGAGAGGAACAGUGGAGGAGCAGAGAACCCCAGCGACGUGUUCCGGUUCCUGGUGGAGGAGCGGGUGCAGUGUUGUCAGACACAGAAGGUGCGCUACACCCAGAGGGUGGACUACCUCAUGCAGCUCCCUGCUCCCAUCGAGGCCGCAACCAACAGAGAGGAGCUUAUAGCCUAUGAGGCCAAACGGAAGGAUGCGGAACAGAACAUGCGGACUCCUCCAGACCCUGUGAGGGCCCGCAUCCCCUUCACGGCAUGUCUGCAGGCCUUCACUGAGCCAGAGAACGUUCCGGACUUCUGGAGUUCUGCGCUGCAGGCCAAAUCAGCCGGAGUGAAGACUUCACGUUUUGCAUCGUUUCCUGAGUACCUGGUUGUGCAGAUCAAGAAGUUUACAUUUGGGGUGGACUGGGUUCCGAAAAAGUUAGACAUCUCCAUCGACGUGCCGGAUUUCCUCGACCUGAACCGUCUUCGCGCCACAGGGCUCCAGGCGGGUGAGGAGGAGUUACCCGACAUCACUCCACCUAUUGUCAUUCCAGAGGACACCAGAGAUAGCUCAAUGAACAAUUCUCUAGAAUCUCCAGAAAUAGACGAGUCCUCCGUGAUGCAGUUAGCUGAAAUGGGCUUUCCUCUGGAGGCCUGUCGGAAAGCCGUGUACUACACGGGGAACAUGGGAGCUGAAAUGGCCUUCAACUGGAUCAUAGCCCACAUGGAAGAGCCUGACUUUGCGGAGCCUCUUGUAGUGCCUUCCUUCAUGGAGGCGGACCUGCCCAGCCCCAGCCUCCCCAUGGCCUCCCCACUAGAUAACCAGCCUCCAGAGGAGAGCAUUGCCAUCCUCACCUCCAUGGGCUUCCCCAGGAACCACACUAUCCAGGCCCUCAGAGCCACCAACAACAACUUGGAGCGAGCUCUCGACUGGAUCUUCACCCACCCAGAGUGUGAGGACGAGAGCGAGGCGAUGUCAGACAUGGCGGACACGGAGCCCAACGACAACGCCUUCUCCAACGCCAACACCCACAGUGACUCCUCCCUCUCCCCAGACCAGGACCCCUCAGGACCCCGCAUCAGAGACGGCCCUGGGCGAUAUGAACUGUUUGCUUUUAUAAGUCACAUGGGAGCAUCCACGAUGUCAGGUCACUAUGUCUGUCACAUCAAAAAGGAGGGAAGAUGGGUGAUUUACAACGACCACAAAGUAUGUUUGUCAGAAAGGCCUCCGAAAGACUUGGGCUACAUCUACUUCUACCGACGACUAUCUUCAAGGCCAGGACCUUCACACCUUCAUCCUUAG